AUGGCUACCGAGAUCGUUGGUGUUGAGAAAGCAGCCCACAUGGAUGUGGAGAUGCCCUCAAACACCAGAAUAGACAAAUUGUCAAGGUUGGAGGAUCCAGACGAAGGUCUGAGUGAUGAAGAAAGAGCCCAGAUUGACCGAAAGCUUCUCUGGAAGCUUGAUCUUCGAUUGCUUCCGUGGUUAAGUCUGCUUUAUCUAGCCUCAUUUCUUGAUCGGACUAACAUCGGCAAUGCCAAGAUCGACGGCCUUAGCAAGAGCUUGGGUAUGACAGCCAAUCAGUACAAUGCCACUUUGACCAUCUUCUUCGUCUCAUACUCUGUCUUCGAGCCCUUGACCAACGUGCUCCUGAAGAAGCUGCGACCGAGCAUCUUCAUUCCUUCCAUCAUGAUCGCUUGGGGAAUCUGCAUGACCCUAAUGGGGACGGUGCACAACUAUGCCGGACUGAUGGCAGUGCGUUGGUUCCUCGGUCUGAGCGAAGCUGGUCUCUUCCCAGGCAUAGGAUACUUCCUUUCCUGCUGGUACAGGCGCGAGGAGUUCGGUGUACGAAUGGCAAUUUUCUUCUCAGCUGCAGCCCUCGCUGGCUCCUUUGGCGGUCUUCUAGCAGCCGCAAUCGCCAAGAUGGAUCAAGUCGGAGGCAAGCCCGGUUGGGCGUGGAUCUUCAUUCUGGAAGGGCUGGCCACUGUCGUAAUUGGCGUGGCCUCCUUCUGGUGUGUAUACGAUUUCCCCGACCAAGCCCGGUUUUUGUCCGAGGACGAUCGAGCCCGUGUGCUACGCCGACUUGCCCUGGAUGCGCAGUCGAGCGCUGAACAUGAAGAGUUCAAGAUGUCCUACUUCUGGGCGAGCGUUAAGGACUGGAAAACCUGGACGGGUGCGAUAGUGUACAUGGGAGCAGACGGAUCGCUGUAUGCAUUCUCGCUGUUUGUGCCGACUAUUAUCAGUGAACUAUUACUGAGUGUUCCUCCCUACGCUGCUGCUGCCAUUUUGACCAUUACGGUCGGCUUCAUUGCUGACCGUACGCGCCAGCGGGGGCUGUGCAAUAUUGCUACCGCGAUCCUCGGUAUAGUGGGCUUCUCUAUGCUCCUAGGAUGUCAAUCUGCCGGUGCUCGCUACGCCGGAACAUUCCUUGGGGCAAUGGGUAUCUACCCUGCCAUCGCCAACACCAUCUCCUGGUCCAGCAAUAACAUCGAGGUCCUAUCGGUUGCAUCCGCUGACUGCAGUUUAGGUGUAUAUAAGCGUGGCGUAUCGCUAGGAUUUAUCAUCGGUUGGGGUAACCUGAACGGUAUUGUCUCAUCCAAUAUCUAUCGUCAGGCUGAUUCCCCCCGAUACUACCCCGGGCACGGCACUGUGCUCGCAUACCUGGUCUUGUUUCUGUUUGGGGGCUCGAUCGUACAGUACGUUCUACUUCGCCGCGAAAACGCCAAGCGUCGGCGCGGUGAGCGAGAUCACUGGAUCGAAGGGCUUGAUCAGAGUGAGAUCGAGUUGCUAGGUGAUAAGCGGCCGGAUUUCAUUUACACUCUGUGA